AUGGUCCUUGAGCUAAACAGAUCAAGUUCUGGGAAAAAUGAGGAGAAGAAAGGGAAUAAGGGAAAUGGGAAAAGUGAAUCUGCUUCUGAAGGUGGAAAGACAGCUGUGGUGUUUUCCUUGAAGAAUGAAGUUGGUGGAUUGGUGAAAGCUCUCAGACUCUUCCAGGAAAAACACGUGAGUAUGGUUCAUAUUGAAUCACGAAAAUCAAAGAGAAGGAAUUCAGAGGUGGAAAUUUUUGUGGACUGUGACUGCAGUAAGAAAGAAUUUAAUGAACUAAUCCAGUUGCUCAAGUUUCAAACUAAUAUAGUAUCUCUCAAUCCACCAGAAAACAUCUGGACUGAUGAAGAAGACCUCGACUGUGUCCCUUGGUUCCCCAGGAAGAUCUCUGAGUUGGACAAAUGUUCUCAGAGAGUUUUGAUGUAUGGAUCUGAGCUGGAUGCUGAUCACCCUGGAUUUAAAGACAAUGUCUAUCGACAGAGAAGAAAGUACUUUGUGGAUGUUGCCAUGAGCUAUAAAUAUGGUCAACCCAUUCCCAGAGUGGAGUACACAGCUGAAGAAGUUAAAACUUGGGGGGUGGUAUUUAGGGAACUAAGUAAACUCUAUCCCACUCAUGCUUGUCGUGAAUAUUUAAAAAACUUUCCUCUGCUGAGCAAGUACUGCGGAUACAGAGAAGAUAAUGUGCCUCAGUUGGAAGAUGUUUCUAUUUUUCUUAAAGAGAGGUCUGGCUUCACAGUGAGACCAGUUGCUGGAUACCUGUCUCCCCGUGACUUUUUAGCUGGCCUAGCAUACAGAGUCUUUCACUGCACUCAGUACAUACGGCACGGCUCAGAUCCCCUCUACACACCAGAACCGGAUACAUGCCAUGAACUCCUGGGACAUGUGCCUCUACUUGCUGAUCCCAAAUUUGCACAGUUUUCACAAGAAAUAGGACUUGCUUCACUGGGAGCAUCUGAUGAAGAUGUCCAGAAAUUAGCCACUUGCUAUUUCUUUACAAUUGAAUUUGGCCUGUGCAAGCAAGAAGGACAACUGCGUGCUUAUGGGGCAGGACUUCUGUCUUCUAUUGGAGAGUUAAAGCAUGCUCUCUCUGACAAGGCCAAUGUGAAAACAUUCGAUCCAAAGACAACCUGCUUGCAGGAAUGCCUUAUCACUACUUUCCAGGAAGUUUACUUUGUUUCAGAGAGUUUUGAAGAGGCCAAAGAAAAGAUGAGAGACUUCGCUAAAUCAAUCAAUCGUCCCUUCUCUGUGUAUUUCAAUCCAUACACGCAAAGCAUUGAGAUUCUGAAGGAUACCAGGAGUAUAGAAAAUGUUGUCCAGGACCUCCGCAGUGAUCUAAACACUGUAUGUGAUGCUUUAAGUAAAAUGAACAGAUAUUUAGGGAUUUGAUAUGUUUGGCACUGUGAUUUGCUGUCAGUUGCUCUGUAUGUAGCCAGUUACAUCACAUGAGAUGGCGAAUUUAUCAGAACCAUCAGUUUUCCCUUUACAGCUUGGCCUGCGGCUUGCAUCAUUGUGUAGCUCUGUCUGACUGUAAUGUGCAGAAAAACCAAGGCAAUGCUAAUUUGUAAAUGAAACAUGGAAUGUGGCAGAAUAUAGUCAUCAAUUCUUCAGCACAAUGUCAUGUACAAGUAUACCAUUAAAAACUUUCCUGGCAACAGUUUGGUUUCCAUAAAAUGAUUCACUUCAAUGUAUAAGAAAUGGUGCUGCUGAUUUCAUUACGUCUGAGUUUAUUUCUUCAUUGUCUCUUCCCUUCCAUAAGAAUCCAGAAAAAAAAAAUGGUUUGCAACAUUUUAAUUUUCUUUGUAAGAAAACAUUAUUUCUUCCUCUAGUGGUAAAGAUAUUGCUUUGCCAUAUAUGUUAUGGAACUUAGUGUCUCUUGUGACUGAACAAUACAAUUUAUAUACCAGUAGGUAUCAGAGAUCAGGAAGGAUAUGUAUUGGUACUAAAAGGUCUGUGAAGAUUACACAUUACAGGAACCCACAACUGACAAAUGUCCAGUAUGGCUGAACAAUUGCACCACAGUAAUAAAAGGAAACCUCUGACAGUU